AGCCUGAUCGAUGGCUGGAUCCCUAACUUCACAAACGAGACCAGUAGCGGAGAACUAGCUUGGUAGCUACACCGAUGGAGGCGGAGGCAGCGGGUGGUACGUGGUCGAAGGUGGGAACAUCGCUUCCCGUCACUAGCGUGCAGGCUCUGGUGGCGUCCGCCGGCGAGCUGACGGUCGACAAGAUCGGAAGGUACAUCCAGCCGGACAUCGACGCACACGCCGUUCUCCCCGAGCUGUCCAGCGAAGUUCCGGUGAUCGACCUCAGCAAGCUCUUGAGCGCCGAGUCCGCUGAAGCAGAGGCCGCCAAGCUCAGAUUUGCCUGCGCCGAGUGGGGCUUCUUUCAGGUUGUAAAUCAUGGAAUACCGGAUGAAGCCAUAAUGGGUAUAAAGCAGGACAUUCAAAAGUUCUUUCAACUUCCCCUCGAAGUUAAGAAUGCAUAUGCGCAGGACCCUGGGGGUCUUCAAGGGUAUGGGCAAGUGUUUGUUGUCUCUGAUGAUCAAAAGCUAGAAUGGGCUGACAGGUUUGCCCUCUUCACCCAACCCUCCCAAGCUCGCGACAUGAGUUACUGGCCAAGUCAACCUCAUACUUUCAGGAAUUGUAUUGAACAGUACUCUUCGGAGGUGAUGAAAUUCACUCAUUCCUUGGCCAUCUUCAUUGCAAAAACACUCGAUGUUGAUCCGGAAUUGGUGGCAGACAAACAUGUAUCUCAAAUUCUCAGGAUGAACUACUACCCUCCAUGCACGUCAACCCCAGAAAAGGUUCUAGGCUUGUCACCGCAUUCUGAUGGAGCUUUUCUAACUAUUCUCCUAGAAGUUAAUUCAGUUCAAGGCUUACAAAUUAGAAGGCAUGGUGCAUGGAUUCCCGUCAAACCGCGUUGUGAUGCACUAUUGGUGAAUGUGGGUGAUCUUCUUGAGAUUAUGACAAAUGGGAAGUACAAGAGCAUUGAGCACAGGGUCACCAUUAAUGCCCACAAGGAGCGACUAUCCAUCUCAGCAUUUCACAUCCCAAACUAUGAUGGAAUUAUUUCACCAAUUAUGAAAACUACAGAAGAUAAAAUGUUAUACAAGACAGUGAGAGUAGAAGAGUAUUUAAGACAUUAUUUCUCAAACAAACUAGAAGGAAAGAGAGCCCUAGAUUAUGCGAAGUUAUCCGGAAUAUAAGGAUUUUCUACUAUAAUUUGUCAUUCUAAACACUCUGAAAUGAUCAUUUUAUGCUUCAUUUGUAAUGGAUAUAUAUUUCUGACCGGGACCAAUCUACCAAACGUUUGUCA